CAGAAAUAUGUGCUGAUGCCUCCCUUCAAAAUAUUUUGAUACAGUGAAUUUACAGUAAACCAAUCUAAACUGAAAAUAUUAGCAACUGGAUAUUUUUGUGUGCCAUUAAAUUUUCGCAUGUUUCAAAACAGAUAGUGCUACUAAAGUAGAGUUUUCGGAAUAACUAUUUCGGAUAUGGAUACGUCAUGCGAUUUAGUUGCCGAAGAGAAUUCAUACAUCCUUUUCAAACAGGAUAGUAUGUUUGCUGAAAGUUUUCCUCUUAUGAAAGAAAUCCGUAGACAAGGUAAACUAUGCGAUGUCACUCUCAAGGUCGAUAAUCAUUCCUUUUCGGCGCAUCGGAUUGUAUUGGCAGCGACAAUUCCCUAUUUCUACGCUAUGUUUACGCAUAACAUGGCUGAAAGUAGGAUCAAAGAAAUAACUAUGAAAGAAAUUGAACCUCAUGCUUUGGAGAGUUUGAUAAACUUCGCCUACAGUGGAGUGGUUAAAAUCGACAACCAAAACGUGCAGGGUUUGAUGGUCGGGGCAUCUUUUCUCCAACUAAACAAGGUUAGAGAUGCUUGUGCAGAUUUUUUAAAAACCAGAUUUCAUCCACAAAAUGUGCUCGGCAUCCGUCAUUUCGCUGACACGCUUGGUUGCACUCAACUCGUGACCUCGGCAGAUCGUUAUAUACAUCAAUAUUUUUCAAAGGUCGCAUUUGCUGAUGAGUUUCUUGCACUGAAUUUCGAUGAGCUAGUAGAUAUAAUACAUCGCGAUGAACUGAAUGUGCCGUCGGAGGAAUACAUCUUUGAGGCAUGCAUGAAAUGGGUUAAAUCUGAUCAGGAGAAACGCGCUGGAUACUUGCCAAACAUUUUAGCGAGCAUCCGAUUGCCACUGUUGUCGCCACAAUUUUUAGCGGAUAAUGUUGCAACAGAGGAACUUAUUCGAACAUCACAUAAGUGUCGAGAUCUGCUCGAUGAAGCACGAGAUUUUCAUUUAAUGCCAGAACGGAGGGCUCUCGUAUCCGCUUCACGAACUAGACCUCGAUGUUGCGAUUAUGUUGUAGGCCAAAUAUUUGCAGUUGGAGGGUUGACAAAAAAUGGCGAAUCUGUGAGUACUGUCGAAAUUUACGAUCCUGUCACUAAAGAGUGGAAAAUGGGCGAAGCAAUGUCCAUGCUGCGCUCGAGAGUUGGCGUUGCAGUUAUGGAUGGAAAAUUGUAUGCAUUUGGAGGAUUUAAUGGAACAGAACGUUUGUCAACUGUUGAAGUAUAUGACCCGGUUCAAAAGAAGUGGAAACAAGGAAAGACAAUGAGAUGCAAACGGAGCGCAGUCGGUGUUGCUGCUUUAGAUGAACUAGUUUAUGUAUGUGGUGGAUACGAUGGUGUUACAAGUCUCAGCACGGUUGAAUGCUAUUCCCCGAAGACUGAUUCGUGGACCACUGUUGCACCUAUGAUGAAAUAUCGAUCAGCAGGAGGAGUUGCUGCGCUCGGUGGAUUUGUAUACGCUUUAGGUGGUCAUGAUGGUCUUUCAAUAUUUGAUUCCGUCGAACGUUAUGAUGUAUCGACAAAUACUUGGACAAAGGGACCCUUUCCGAUUUCCAGAUUAUCUUCAAGGAAAGCAACACUUUGUAAACACCACGAUGGGUGAGCUGCUGUCCCCACUUGGACAGCAUCCCACCGCUGUCACCACUUGCAGCGUUGCCUGAACGGUCUUGGCUUUCUUUCAUACAACUAAAACUCGACCAAUCGUGUUAGCGUGCAACUCUCGACUCUUUUAUUUUUCCGACAUUAAUUCUACAAAAUAAUUCUUCUACCUUCGAAUUUCUGGGGAGGCGCUUGAAGUUACCCCGCUAUAUCUGCCGAUAAAUAAUUACGCGCCGAGUAAUCAAAAAAUGUCCCGUGUGUGUUGAACUGCCACGAACCGAAUGGAAACUUGAGAUUUAUUUCACUCGCACAAAAAUAACAAAAUUGAUGUACGUAAAAAAAUGUAGACUCGGUAACAACAUAAUGUAAUUAGAGAAGUGUUCGAUUUUCGACGGCGCCAGUGGUUGUAUGGUUAGCGUAACAGCCUCACAAUCCGAUCGGCCUGGGUUCAAUCCCAGCUGGCGUCGUUGGGAUUUUCUGAGGCGAAAAAUCUCUGGUUACGUCUUCCUUCGGAGCGGAAGUAAAAGAAGUUGGCCCGGCUCAUGAGUUGUUGAGUCUGAUAGGUAGGAACAGGUGGAGUCGCCUCCCUGAUGUCGGUGAUUGGCACUAAAGUGGCGGAAAUAGGCCGACGAAAAAUAAGCGAAGAUAAAAAAAAAAAAAAAGUGUUCGAUUUUCGACAAGGGUGAUGCACUUUUGGAUCUUGACGACAAAGCGUAAGUGUGCUUCAAUGAAAUAUGAAAAAUGGAGCGAAGCAUUCUCCAAGCGUCUCUACAUACAUAUAUGGAGGAAUUAGGGUCGCUUCAUACAUACAGAUUGUAUUCAUAUAAACAUAGAUCGGAUAAGUAGAACUUGAGAUAUCGUGUAAGCCAGUUUGAAAAAAACAUGUUUCGAGAAAAACGCGUUUGAAGUUAAUUGUUAUG